UAGUGUUCACAUCACUGAUUGCGGAUUGCAGAAUAAAAAAAUAUAAGCAUAGAAAAAUAACACAGUAUAAAAUCAUGAAUGAAAACAAAAUGAAUAAUGAUGAGUUUCAAGAAAUCAACGAUCAAGAACAAAAACCUCAAAUUGCUAUUGAAUUAGAUAACGAAAUAAUUCAACUCCCUUUAUCAACCUUUAAUGAUAUAUUAGACAGAGAAAUUACUGACUAUAUCUUGAAUGAUGAGACUGAUGAAGAUAAUAUUAUUGACCCAAAAGAGUUGGUAAAUGUUGAGGUUUGGAAAAAAAAAUAUAAAGAUUUGAAGAUUCAAGCCAAUGCGUUUCAUACAAUAGUAAACAAUUUUGAAAGAGAUUUAAAAAAAGAUAUGUUUGCUCAACCACAGAGGUAUAUGACUUCAGUUAGUCAAAAUGUUAAAAUUUGUACUAGCAACGAAUUGAACAUGGCCAUUCUCCGUGGAAAUUCUAAUAAGGAACAUGAAAUAUUUACAAUAUCAUCAGAUAGUGAGGAUGAGCCUAUCAUUACAAUUGAUACAUCAAGAACCAAACUAAUUCUAACAAAAAAUGAUAAUAUUGAUUCAGAAUCAGAUAAUUCUAAAAAGUUGAAUGUCAAAGAUAAGCCAGGUCCGUUAUCAAAAAAAAAUGUUUCUGUGUGUGAUAUAAAAAUGAAUAGUACCAAUAAAAUAAUCCCACUAAAUACUGAAUUAGACCAAAAAAACUUCAGUGAUGUAAAAUGCUUAUCUACAAUUAUGCGUAAACGGAAACCUGGGCCAAAAUCAAAGACAAUGUUUGUAGAUGAUAUGGUUUCUUCUAAUUCUAAAAAUAAGGAACCUGUUGAAAAAAAAAAUUGUUUUAACAAAGUUAUUACUGAUGAAAAAUCAAAAACAAAUUUGUCGAAUUGCGAUUUAACAAAAAAAUUAGAAGUUGCUAAACAACAUAAUUUUCACUUCAAGUUUUCAAGUUCAAAGUAUCCACCACCUUAUCCCUUAAUACCGCCACAUAAUACACAAUCAUUGUGGAAACAUGUGCCACCAAUACCUGAUAUGACAAUCAAAACUUCUGGAAAUAAAGUGACAUUAAUUUGGGAUUUGAAUUUGAAAUCUGAUACAGCAGAAAUCAAGAUGUAUGAACUGUUUGUAUGCCAAGAAACAGAUGCACAUUCUGACAUCUCAAUGUGGAAAAAUAAGGGUAAUAUAGAAGCAGAUAAGUUGCCUAUGGCUUAUGAACUAGAAGUGUUUGAUUUAGGAAAAAUUUAUCAUUUUGCUCUGAGAGCAGUGGAUGUUCACAAUAGACGGACCCCUUUUGCUUUACAAAAAGCUAAGAUUUAGAUUAAUAAUUUAUACUAAGUAUGUUAUGUGAAGCAUUUAUUAUUACUAAGUUAUUAUCCAUUGGGUUAAGUAUUGUGAAACAUUAUUUUUGAAGUUUAUAAUUAACUUUAUUCUCUAAUAAAUUAAUGUAAAGGAUAUAUUUUUUAAUUUUUAGUUAUAAAACUUAUUGAAUUUUUUCUAUGUAACUAUUAUCUAUUGAUAUCUAUUAUUGU